GCACUGCAGCUAGCGGUCGCUACUUACUUGUUUGAUCGGAAUCACGGGCCGGAUACAGCGCAAGGAAGAUUUUUCUUUUUCCAAUUCCGACAUUCAAGAUCUACAAAUGUUGACAGAAAACAGAAAACGUCGCAGGGGCUGUGACACUGAGGGGGAACAGCAGCUUAACCCCCAAGCUAAGAGGUCUGGAGGGGGUCUGGAGGGUCAUGGCCUUGUGUCUGACGUUGGACGAGAUGUCUGGGACUCUGAGUCAUCCAGCAGUGACAGUAGUGGUGGUGUUAGUAGUCCAGAAAGGGCAGCUGGCACCAGCACCAGUCUAUGCCCACAUGGCCAGAAUAACUACAAUUCCCAGAGUUCCCUCAGUCCCAUACCGGAUGACUCCUCCAGCUCCUUGAUGGGUUUCCAUGGCGACGGCUCAUCCUAUAACUACAUCAACAAACUUCUGAGGGAGGCGCAUUUCAGCAGCCUGCAGACCAGAGGUCGACCCGGCUCCACGUGACCAUGAACUAACCUGUUGACCUCUUACUCCCCCACCCCCCAACACCACUGGCAUGUGCCAGUAAGGAUGGAGAGAUACACACAAGACAAAAUGGAGGCGGGGAGGGAGGAACAUCUUGGGCAUGGCUCACCCCACCUCACCCUGUAAUGUGCCAAGACCAUAAGCACACCUGCCUUCCAUGGCCAGACCACUGUGGUUAUAUGUGCAGUAUCAGUGUGUGUGUGUGCUUAUUUUGGAAUGUGUGUAUGCCUGCGUGUGUGUGUGUGCCCCGGCACUCCAGCAUCAGGUUUGUGUUGUUGUUGCUCAUACGAGGGAACACUUGUAUGACAUUUCCAUUGGUGCUAUUGAAAGGAAGUUGAAUGAUCCAGAGUGCUUGUUGUACCUAAUAAAGCCAAGCACAUUCUCUCUGUUCCAUGUUCCUGACCAAGCCAGCACACACAUUGCUCCAACACAUGCUAAGCUUUGCGAGGGUUCUGACAACCUUCAGCUUGUUGAGUGACUUAUCUCUUAGGUUAUCCUCUUGAUUUUACUGACUGCUUGCAGACUGGCCAGAUAAUUAAGCCACUCUCCCUCUAAGUGGUGUGAUUACUUGAGGGCCAACACGUGUUUCCAUUGGCUAAUGUAAGUGGUUAUAGGAGAGUGAUGAUAGCAGUUUACAACAGACCACUCUGGGGGCUCAGCAGUGACUUUACACAGAAGAGGGGUUUGGUAGUGACACACCUCAUAGUUAUCAACUGUGCAUUAGAGGUCUCGCCCUCUGGCAUUACUGCCAGUCUUGGCUGUGAUUCAGCCCGGGUUUGAGUGGGACAGCUAGUUCACAGUAACAGUAAGAAUAUAUAUGGCACAGGCCUCUUCAGUACUCAGACCUCAAAUUAUCCAUGGUCUAAGUAUAGACCCCAGGGAAUACUGGAGCUGCAGGAAGGGGUGUGUUCAAGAUCUCAGCGUUCCUCAAUAACAGCACACCCAGGGGAUGCUGGCUGUUUGUAAAAAAACCUGUUUGUCAAGGCUGAGCCUCCCCCUCAAUCAUUGUGUCUGUAUGAAUGUACCUGCCUCGUACUGGUUUAAGGCCACUGCAGUAUGACCAUAACACUGUUGAUAAGAGAAAGAAUUGUCAGGACCUGUGAGAAUACCUUUUUUCACAUUCUAGAAUUUCACAUUUACCAUUGCAAAAUGUAAGGUUAUGAUUAUUUUUUGGAAGCAUUCAUUUAACAUUGACAAUAAAAUUUGGGUUGGCAAAACAUUU